AACAAAGGCGGUGCUUCCUCAGGGCAGCAUGCACACUGGAGCCGCUGCUGGCUGUGAAGAGAACAAUAGUCAGACUGAAUGUUGAACAUCAGCUGCUUCCUCCUGCUGAUUUAAACCUUGGUGGACAGAUGGAACAUUGGCUGUGGAUUAUUCUGGCUGCUCUUUUCUCUGAGUGUAAAGGAGACUCAGUGAAGCAGACAGAAGGAGAAGUUGUUGCUGCUGCAGGAGAAUCACUGACUCUGAGAUGUACUUAUCAGACUACUGAUACAAAUCAUGCUGUGUUCUGGUACAGACAAGAAGAUAACAGCUUUGCAAAGUACAUGCUGAAGCAAUAUUUCACAACCAGAGACAAUGCUCCUGAGUUUAGCAAAGACAGAUUUGAUGCAAAGGUCAACAACUCAGACUUUGACCUGAAGAUCCAGGAUCUCCAUCUGUCAGACUCUGCUGUGUACUACUGUGCUCUGCAGCCCACAGUGACAGGAAACACCAGAACCCUGCACAAAAACCUGCAGUACUCCACAACAGCCACUAGAGGGCCUCACUCCCUCUGUUCUUCCUCUGUUUCGUUGGGUUUCAGCCUGAAAUGACGUCAUGCUCAUUUUAAGUUGCAUGUUCUGUCUAAAGAGAAAAAACUGUCAAAUUUAUUUCUGCAGCAACUUUCAAAUCAACAAUAGUUGACCAAAGAGGUUCAGAUCUACAUCAGCAGUCAUAAGAUAGCAGAUGGAAUAAAACAGAUAUUAAAAAAAUAAGAAUUUAUUUUUUAAGAUGUUUAGAUUUCUAAGACAUAUUUAUCUUCCAAUCCUCAGUCAAAUCCAGUUAAAAGAGAAAAGUUUAGUAAGAGACAUUUGAUAUGAUUCUUUACUGGGAUCUGAAUCAAAAUAACUGUUGAGUAAAAGAACAUUUGAAAUAAUAGAAAAUCUAAAUACGCAUUUAAUUUUAGGUAAAAAAUAAAAGCUUUACAACUCUACCUAAUUUA